AUGCCAGAAGUGCUUGAAAAGAGAUAUGUGUUCCCGGAAUCCCUUCCCAUUGAGCGCUAUGUUGACCUCAGUUUACGACACUAUAGUUAUGAGUGCCAGGCACCGGCGCAGGAGCGCCCAUAUACCUCUAGACCGUCGCGAACUCAACAGCUGCAGAACCCGCGGCUGAUGCCUAAGCUCUCGACAGAGGUUCCCAGUGACCUGACUCGGUCAAACGGCGUGGCGGAUGACAUACUUGCAAAACGAGACGAAGAACGAGGCAGGAAAAGAGACCUUGAUAGAGAGGAUAUGACAGACCGCCAAGGACGCUCUCCCAAACGGACAAGAUCAUUGUCAUCCCAUUCCACCAACUCGGUUUCCACAAUUUCUACCAAUCGAUCUGCCUCUGCGUCGCCGGACCGUCGUAGCAAGCACGGCUCACAGAGCAAUGGUCGCCAAGCCAUCUCUGUGUCACCACCUCCCAAGUCCCGCAAAAGAAGAUACAGUGAUGCUUCUCAGUCUGCUUCGUCCUAUUCUUCGGGCGCAAGACAGCGCUCAAGAUCAAGGGAGUGGACCGAGGACAGGAAUAUCCGCCGACGUCGUCGGGAAAGCAGCCCCGAGGAACGAGGAAGACACCGUGAUUCCGGACAUCGCCGAAGCGUCCGGCGCAGUCGCAGUCGCAGCAUCGACAAGAGCCGAAUUGCUAAGGAGAGGCGCUCCAUGACUCCCCCAGAGACCACCCAUGACCGUCCUGGAAGACGGUCUUACCGAGACAGAGAGAGUCCUCCGGGUUACACACAUCCCUCGGGACGCUCCAGGCAGGACCACAGAGCGCAGCCUGAUCCGCCUCGAGAGCGAAGCCUAAGUCCGUUUAGCAAGAGACUUGCCUUGACCCAAGCGAUGAAUCAUGGACGGUAG